AUGGGAACGGUCGGUCGGAGGAGGCGUGGUCGGCACCGGCAAAGGUUUGAUGGUCUGACGGUGGUGGUCGGCCUGGCUUCGAGAACGGGCUCGGUGUCAGAGAGGUCGGCCCGGCCUCGAGGUCGGGCUCGGUGCUGCAGACCUCGGUCCGGCUUUGAGGUGAAGUCGGACGGACUGUGGUUACAUAGCUCGGCAGUUGGUAAGUUGAGAAGCCGGUCGAGCUUGGAGGUAAGAUCGCCGAAUUGGAAGUCGGAGUUUGGUUGCAGGUCGACCUCGACCAUUGAGGUCGGGGAUGAGGAUGUCGGGUACGACGGUGAAGUCGGGCCCCGGCGAUGUGUACCCGACAACCGAGAAGUGAAGUUGGUGAAGAGGCUCGGUUCAGCGAUUAAGAAGUCGGAGAUGGCAGGGUCGGUCUCCGGUGACUGUCAGGUUGAAGAGGUGAGGUCGGAUUUGCUAGAUGUCCGACGUCUGAGAUCGGGGACGUCAAAAUUAUUUUGGGGAUGA